AUGGCGGCGGCUUCACUCUCAGCCACCAUUCCGAUGAAGAACCCAUUUUUAUCUAAGACCACCGAUUUUCUUCAUUUCACUUCGAGACAAAGCAGCAUUAUCAAUACCAAUAUUGGGUCCAAAGCUAAGGAAUUAGCUUUCCGAUUCUCGAGCUCAAAGGCCUUGCAUGUGCCCUUUUCCACUACCGAUAAACCCAAUACAGCUCCGACUCUCACUGAGACUUUCUCCCGGACCACCAGUUCCAAGGUGAAACGCCAUACGAUUUCGGUGGUCGUCGGGGACGAGAGUGGAAUGAUAAACAGGAUAGCGGGGGUGUUUGCCCGAAGGGGUUACAACAUUGAGUCUCUUGCUGUUGGUCUCAACAAGGACAAGGCUCUGUUUACCAUCGUUGUCUCCGGUACUGACAAGAUUCUCCGACAAGUCGUUGAGCAACUUCACAAGCUUGUUAAUGUCAUAAAGGUAGACGAUAUAUCAAUGGAACCGCAUGUAGAACGUGAAUUAAUGCUUAUAAAACUCAACAACAAUCCAACCACUCAUGCUGAGAUAAUGUGGCUCGCCGACAUCUUCCGAGCAAGCAUUGUGGAUACUUCAGAACACUUCUUGACUAUGCAGGUCACUGGAGACCCAGGGAAGAUGGAAGCUGUUCAAAGAAAUAUGAGCAAGUUUGGGAUAAAAGAACUUGCAAGGACUGGGAAGAUUGCUCUGAGGCGUGAGAAGAUGGGGGAGACUGCUCCUUUUUGGGGAUUUUCUGCUGCUUCUUAUCCAGAUCUUGAAGGUAGAUCAACUAAUGGUGGAGUUAUAAGGGAUGCAAAACUGCUAGUUGGUGGUGAUGUCAAUACAUACUCAAAGGGCGAUGUAUAUCCCGUGGAACCUUCGAACAGCUUCCCAGUAAAUCAAAUUCUUGAUGCUCAUUGGGGAGUUCUCUAUGACGAAGAUUCAACUGGGAUUCGGUCACACACUUUGUCUAUGAUCGCAAACGACACUCCUGGUGUUCUAAAUGUAAUUACUGGGGCUAUUUCCCGAAGAGGAAAUAAUAUUCAGAGUCUAGCUGUGGGACCUGCUGAAAAAGAUGGUCUUUCUCGCAUUACAACUGUUGUUCCGGGAACUGAUGAGACCAUAGGAAAAUUGGUUCAGCAACUCCGGAAGUUAGUGGAUCUUUACGAGGUGCAGGAUAUGACACACUUACCAUUUGCGGAGCGGGAGCUAAUGUUGAUAAAAGUUGCUGUGAACCCUGCUGCUCGCCGGGAAGUCCUUGACAUCGCUAGCAUAUUCCGAGCUAAAGCUGUUGAUGUGUCUGAUCACACAAUUACUAUUGAGCUGACAGGUGAUUUAAACAAGAUGGUUGCUCUUCAGGGAUUAUUAGAGCCCUAUGGAAUCUGUGAGGUGGCUCGGACUGGACGAGUGGCACUGGUGCGAGAGUCGGGCGUGGAUUCGACUUAUCUCCGUGGAUAUUCUCUCCCUUUCUAG